AUGGAGUUCGCGAAGGCGGUGGCGACGCAACUUCCGCAGGUGACGGUGGACCACGAGCUGGUGUUUCAGUUCUACCGCGUGUGCUCGGAGGUGCACAACUGCACCCUGUCGGCUACACCCAAGCUCCUCCAGCACGCGGGCGCGGCGGCUCCUUGCUACCAGGUGCUCAACGUGCUGACAUACGCCUUGUACGACCUGGCCCAUCUUGCCGCGGAGGAACUCACCAACACCAUUUCCAAGGCGCAGGCGAGUACCAUGGCGUUUGCAGUGAUGGCGGAGUUGAACUCCCUCUUGCCGAUCCUGACACGUGCUGACGGCAUGAGCCAGGACAACUCGUCCUCGUUCGGAGCUCUCGGCGUCGUGCUCGUUAAGGGGGUACUGGCCUACAUCUUGCUACGUUUGGGUAGGAGCCAAGACGGGCUGGAGGUGUGUGCUGGUGAUGAUGUUGCCGUUUUGGUAGUGUAUUCCGCGCCUGCGGUAAAUGCAAGGGGUGUUGGAGUCGCUUGUUUUCCUCCACACCAGCGUCCUCAAGGCCGCCACCUGUACGUGCAUUGUUAG